GUGCUUUGGAAGGCCUGUCUAAGUCCCAGCUAUGUCCUCUUGUGGGUAUACAAGAGGUUCCUGGAGCCCAUCAUUUAUCCUUUCAUUUCACCAUUCAUUAACACGUUUUGGACCAAAAAAGCAGUUCAGGAUACAAGCACAAGUGAUCAGAAACCCGAAAGCAACGGUGUAUCUACUGCAAAUGGCUCUACUAUAACAGCAGAUAAGAAGACCGAAUGAUGCCCAUAAAUGUUUUUAAUGCAGCGAAAGAAGUGUAAAUAUUCCACUGAUAUGAUAUAGAUAAAAGCUAUGAAUUAACUUAUCAGCCUUUUUCAAACAAGAUGUAAUGAUAACCUUCAAAAGGUGUUUGAAGUAUGUUUUUAAUUUUCUGUCAUAUUGAAAUAAUUUUUCUCGUCAAUAUUUUAAGGUAUAUGAUCUUAAGUCCUAAUGACACAGACUUUAUAAGUCAAGCUUGCAGUUUGAAUGAAAUUAAUAACUUAAAAUCUGAACAGUAAAUUCUGUAAAGAUUUCUAUUUUUGUUUGUGUGAAAUUAUACUGUACUUUAAUAAAAGGAAUAUGUUGAUGAGAUGAUACUUCUGUAGAAUGAAAAUCCUAAUGUCCUAAUUGGAAAUGUAAUAGAAUAAAGUUGAUGACAGACUUCCA